AGCUGGAAAAGCUGAAUCAAUCUACAGAUGACAUCAAUCGCAGAGAGACAGAGCUAGAGGAUGCCCGCCAGAAGUUCCGCUCCGUGCUGGUCGAAGCAACAGUAAAACUGGAUGAACUGGUAAAGAAGAUUGGAAAAGCUGUAGAAGACUCUAAACCUUACUGGGAAGCUCGGAGGGUGGCCAGGCAGGCACAGCUGGAAGCUCAGAGGGCAACUCAGGAUUUUCAGAGGGCCACUGAAGUGCUGCGUGCUGCAAAAGAGACCAUUUCACUUGCAGAGCAGAGGCUGCUGGAAGAUGACAAACGUCAGUUUGACUCUGCCUGGCAAGAGAUGCUCAACCAUGCUACCCAGAGGGUCAUGGAGGCAGAACAGACCAAAACGAGAAGUGAGUUGAUUCACAAGGAGACUGCAGCCAAAUACAAUGCCGCCAUGGGAAGGAUGAAACAACUGGAGAAGAAGCUGAAAAGAGCCAUCAAUAAAUCAAAACCUUAUUUUGAACUCAAGGCAAAGUACUACGUCCAACUAGAGCAACUGAAGAAAACAGUGGAUGAUCUACAGGCAAAACUGGCCCUGGCAAAGGGAGAGUAUAAGACUGCCUUGAAAAACCUGGAGAUGAUCUCAGAUGAGAUUCACGAGAGGAGACGGUCCACUGCCAUGGGGCCCCGAGGAUGUGGCGUGGGUGCUGAAGGGAGCAAUACCUCAGUGGAAGACCUGUCAGCAAGUAAACCGGAGUCGGACACCAUCUCCAUGGCUUCAGAAGUGUUUGAGGAUGACAAUGGCAGCAGCUUCGUAUCUGAAGAUUCAGAAACUCAGUCGGUGUCCAGCUUCAGCUCUGGUCCUACGAGUCCCAGCGAGGUGCCCACUCAGUUUCCUCCUGCAACGCGACCUGGAAGCCUGAAUCUGCCCAGCCCCGUCUCCCUUUCUGAAUUUGGGAUGAUCUUUCCUGUCCUCGGCCCCCGAAGCGAAUGCAGUGGGGCAUCUUCCCCUGAGUGCGAAGCUGAUAGAGGGGAUAGGGCAGAAGGGGCUGAGAACAAGACAAGUGACAGAGCAAACAAGAAUAGGAGCAGCAACAGGAGCAGCUCCAGUGAAGGGCCGGCUCUGGAUAACCGAAUGAAGCAGCUCUCCCUUCAGUGCAUGAAAAUCAAAGAGGGAAUAUGCUCAGGCAGAAAAGCUGCCCAGAUUGGCUGAGUCCUCUUUGUGCCCUGUCCUGAUUAAUGGGAGUAUAGAUAUUUAUAUAUGAACUUCUACGUGUUUGAAGAACAUUGUGCCAAUAAUAUAUGCCAAAUCUUAAGCGUU